UUAAGUAAUCACACCAAAACAUACGCCUAUGAAAUUCUAGGCGGGGCGGGAUAGACUUUUAGUAUAGUUAUCGCUAUCGUCCGCCCUACUCGUUGGGCUCCAACUCCACCAAGCCUCCAACCGGAUCGGUGCCCCGCCCAUUGCUCAUCACGUUUCCCAAUUCACCCUUGUCAUUAUCACAAUGUCUCUUUCCAACGCCAAAGUGUUGUCGUCAGGGCCUUUGCCCGACGAGGAGGCCAAAUGGAUCAAGUUGACAAAAAUCACAUACCAAGAUCCCACAGGAACAUCGCGCUUGUGGGAGUCGGCGGAGCGUCGCACUCGGUCCGCCACCACUGAAGUUGAUGCCGUGGGCAUCCUUGCCAUCCUCGAGAACCCCACAACAGGCCGACGCGAGCUCUUGCUCCAGAAACAGUUCCGCCCUCCUGUCAACAUGAUCACGAUAGAGGUCCCCGCUGGUCUGGUGGACGCUGGCGAGACGGCCGAGGAAGCUGCAGUCCGUGAGCUGCGGGAGGAGACAGGCUACGUCGGCGUGCCCACCGAGACGAGCCCCAUCAUGUACAACGAUGCUGGCUUCUGCAACACCAAUCUGCGCAUGGUGCACAUGUCCAUUGACAUGAGCCUGCCAGAGAACAAAGACCCCAAGCCGCAGCUGGAGGAAAGCGAGUUCAUUGACGUCUUCACCGCCCCGCUCGACAACCUCUGGGAGGAAUGCAAGAAGCUCGAGGCCGAGGGGUGUGCCAUUGACGCACGGGUCGCCAGUCUGGCCGAGGGCAUUCUCGUUGCGCAGCAGUUGAAGCUGUAGACCGAUAGAUCAAAUCAACUUCUCGCGACGCGCAGCUUCCCACAGCGCCAGGGCCGCCAACGCCUUGGCAUCGCGUGCCCCUUCUUUCCAAAGAUCUUUCAUCGGCACCACCUUGAGCGUGAUC